AUGUACCAGACUAAAGGCCCUCGGCCAGCGGAGAAACGCAUCCGACGCGCGGCUGCGGCCUGCUACCGAUGCCAUGGACGCAAGGUGCGCUGUGAUGCAUCGAUUCUCGGCUAUCCUUGCACGAACUGCGUGCUCGACGGCAGAACGGACUGUACUCUGCGCCCCAAUGCUACGACACGUUUCAAGAAUCUGAAACAGGGCCAGCGUCGGAACACUGCCGAAAGGUUGACGAAGCCCAGUGAGGACGAACAAAACACCUUCAAUGCCAGUAGAGAGCCCUGCGAAACCACUCCCCAAUCCGCCGUGUUACCACCAGCGACUGGGUUUCCGGCACUGUUGCAGUCGCCUAGUCAUACCGAAACGACAUUUGAGUAUGAGUCUGAUGCUUCGACCCAGAUAGUUGACCCCCUGCCUAUGAACUCGCCUCGGAUGAGGUUGGGCAGUGUCGGUGCUAGCUUUUCUGGACAACAUUUUCUAGACCUCAAGGCCCUAUCUCUGCUUCCGAUGAGCGAUGUGCAUAUCCUCGUGACAGGUGGCUGUCUAGACAUGCCUCCCAAGGUUACGGUGGAUGUUUUCAUCAUGAAAUACUUCCUGCUCGUGCAUCCGUCUGUCCCCAUCUUGGAUGAAGUGGAGUUUUGGAACACAUAUCUCCAACCGGAGGACAGCGACUACGCGCCCAAAAUCUCGCUCUUCGUUUUUCAAGCCAUACUUCUUUCGAGCUGCGCGAUGCUGUAUGAUACUAACUUCGAGAGCGACCCCUUAGCACGAGCCCAAGGCGCCCUGCUGCUAACAUUCCACACCACAGCCGAAGACCCCCAAGCAACGAUGACCUGGAACAUGUGCGCAAUCCACAAUGCAACCGCUACAGGCUUGGGUCUCCAUCCUUCGGUCCAGGAUCCCAAUAGGUGUGCCAAGAAACGACUGUGGUGGUCUAUUUUUGUCCGCGAUCGCUUCCUGUGGCUUGGCCGUCACCGUCGGCCUCAGUUCACAUCCGCGAAUUUCAACUUGAACAUUGACUAUCUACACGAGGAAGACAUGGCCAACGAAAUCAUGAUGUCCCCGUUCUAUGAGCCCAAUGCCAAGCGCCUGCUGCUGAAAGUGUUCCAGGCCCAAUGCCAGCUGGCUGCGAUCUUGACGGAUGUCAUAACCAUUUCGUUCUCGGCCUCGGACGGGGAUGCUCCACGUCUAUCCCAUCAUGAGCUGGAUAUAUAUCUCACAAGGAUCAAGCAGCUACGAGCGGAGCUCACUCAGUGGGAAGAAACGGUUUAUUCCCCCUUGCAUCAUACUGGCAUCGCCGAACCAGAAACUGUUGGAAUUAUCAUCAAUCUAACUGCUUUGCACUACCAGUAAGUUACUACUGGCGAACAUGGUGCUGUGCUCUCGCUCACAGGUUUGACAGGACCGCUCGUAUGGUCCUGGGCCAUUAUGAGACGCUCCUUGUGGAAAGCCACCUCGAUUUGAUCCAAGACCGCUCAGCGUCGAUCCUGCUGCCUGUGGCCAAAGACUUGAAAGACGCCGUAUUUCAGAUCACGCAGAAGCUUGGUUAUUUCAGCUCAAGGAACCUAACGGAACAUAUCCCCUUGAGUGUGUAAGUCACCUUGCUCUUAACAAUAAGCCCUAUGUCCCCAGAUACCAAUUUCAAAGACUUCAAUCGAGGCUUAAGUGCCGUCCAAACGGAUAUUCCAUUUCCUGUUUUCCUAUACUGACCAGGGCGAAAGACUUGCGUAUUGUGGCACUCCCAUGGUGCUCGCAGCGAUAG